AUCAUCAAAACUCAAAAGAUCGCUUAUUUUAGGGCCCCAUCCUUGAUAUGUUGGAUGCCGCCGCUAAUAAUGCCGCCCUCAACUGGCCCGGGUCCUCCUAUGGGACAAGCGGUUUCUAUUAGCAUCAUCGAAUCAUUAUUGAAUCGAGUCAAGGACCCUCGGAUGCACAUGUUUGUUUACCCGGUACGGUAUCCGAAGAUGUAGUUAUAAAGAGUCCAAUGCUGCUCCCCCUGCUUGCAGCUGGACUGACGCCUGUGCCCACGGAUAUUUGUCAAGAUGUCUCUAUUGAAGCGGUCUUUCCUCGCAGUGCUGGCGAUUCAAUCAGUGUCGGCCGCCGUGCAUGAGCUUAAUGCUCGAUCAAAUGGUACAGAUGUCAAGUCCGUCUGCGAGCAAAUCAGUGGCAGCAUCACCGGAGCCAGUGAUGUGAUAUACCCAUUGAGUGCCAAUUUCUCCUGCGACAUUCACCAUUGGUAUGUCUCUUCAACGCAGAUUCCAACGUGCGUGCUAGAGGCAGGCUCUGCAGACGAUGUUUCCACUGCGAUCAAGAUCAUCGCAAGAAACAGGACCCCCUUCGCGGUCAAAUCGGGCGGGCAUGCCUCCAACCCUGGGUUCUCGAGCACGACUGGCGUCCAUAUUUCUUUCAACCGCAUGGCCCAGGUUAUCUUCAACGACGAUAAAUCAACAGUUGAGCUUGGCAUGGGUGUGAUCUGGUCCGAUCUCUAUGAAGAGAUCGACGGCAGUGGAGUGAACGUCGUCGGAGGGAGGACUCUUGGUCCCGGUGUCGGAGGAUUCACACUUGGCGGUGGAUUCUCCUGGAAGACAAACCAGUACGGGCUGACCGUGGACACAGUAGAGAGCUUCAACCUGGUCCUGCCAAAUGGAACAAUCACUACGGUUGACUCGUCCCAGCCCGAUCUCUUCUUUGCUCUCAAGGGAGGUCUGAACCGGUUCGGCAUUGUGACAUCGGCGGUCUAUAGAACCCACCCGCAGACCGAUCAGGUGUAUGGAGGCCUGGCCUACUAUGCUGCCGACCAGGUCCCAGCAAUCUUGAAUGCAACUGUCGAAUUCUAUAAACGAAACACCGACCCGAGGGCCCAGAUUAUCACGACCCUCGAGGGCAGUGGGAUAGGAACUUCUUCGCUGACCCUGUUCUUUUACGAUGGUCCUUCGAAGCCCGCAAUCUUCGAUCUGUUCGACGGGAUCCCGGCCGUAUAUAAUGGAGCCAAGGUACAAAGCUUCUCCAAGGUGGUCCAAGAAUUCCCAGCAACCCUUGAGGUCAACAUCCGCGGUACAUUUAACACGUUGUCGACUUCGAAAUUGACCCAGGGCUUUGUCGACGCCGUCAAGAACGAGACUGAUUACUUUGGCUCUAUCUCGGCACUGCACAGCGGUACCUCCAUCAGCUAUGACAUCGAGCCUUUCCUGGACUACGGCAAAUAUGCUACGGAUAGCGCUUAUCCACACUCAGACUCCCCUCUUCCGCUCAAUCUCUACUUCGCAUGGGAUCUUGAAUCGGAGGACGAGUUCUGGUACGCUGCGAUGAAGGCUUCUAUCGAGAGACUCAAGAAGGUUGCCAUCUCCGAAGGCAUCUACAGGGACGAGGAUACUGCCUAUCCGAAUUACGCUAUCAGCGGAAAGACUGCUGAGGAGCUGUACGGUGCGACCAAUGCAGCUCGUCUGCGCCAGAUCAGGGAGGAAGUGGAUCCUGAAGGAAUCAUGGAACUGGCUGGUGGGUUUACUAUCUAAGGGCCUGCCCUGGAGUACCUUGAAAUUCUUUGGUUCUAGGACAUGUAUAUAGCUGUAUCAGACAUACCGUAAAUACCUAAUGCGCAUGCUCAGUAUACUCGAGGAACCCGU